AGACUGGCAGGGCUUGCACUGGAAAUGGUCACUGAAUGCAGCUUGCAGUUGCCGGGGUUUUGAGUUCUGUGUGACACCCACAAGCCAGCCAGCAGAUGGGGAGAACUGGUGAGGGGCAUGCAGGGGGGCUGAGCAGGGGAGCCGAGGACCCUCUUGCCGAGCUGCCUGCACUAUUGUACCCCUGGGAGCCCUGGACAGAGUGAGGCGGGCGAGGAGCAGCCCACCACGGGGACAGCAGGGGCUGACAUGGGGAAUGCAGCCCUGUGCUCGUCCUGUCACGCCGAGAAGAGUCUAAGAGCACAAGGACACAUGCAGGAAUUGGAGAAAACUCCAGACUACUACGGCUGCAGCAGCGAGGAUGUCCAGGAACCUGGGGUGCGGUCUGACAGCAAUGCCAGCUUCCUCCGCGCUGCCAGAGCAGGCAACCUGGACAAAGUAGUGGAAUAUUUGAAGGGCGGUAUAGACAUCAACACGUGCAACCAGAAUGGACUCAACGCUCUCCAUCUGGCCGCCAAGGAGGGCCACGUGGGGCUGGUUCAGGAGCUGCUGGGCAGAGGGUCCUCUGUGGAUUCCGCCACUAAGAAAGGGAAUACUGCUCUUCACAUUGCGUCUUUGGCUGGACAAGCAGAAGUUGUCAAAGUUCUUGUUAAGGAAGGAGCCAAUAUCAAUGCACAAUCUCAGAAUGGCUUCACUCCUUUAUACAUGGCUGCCCAAGAGAACCACAUUGAUGUCGUGAAAUAUUUGCUGGAAAAUGGAGCAAACCAGAGCACUGCCACAGAGGAUGGCUUUACUCCCCUGGCCGUGGCGCUUCAGCAGGGACACAACCAGGCGGUGGCCAUCCUCCUGGAGAACGACACCAAAGGGAAAGUGAGGCUGCCAGCCCUGCAUAUCGCAGCCAGGAAAGACGACACCAAAUCCGCGGCGCUGCUGCUCCAGAACGAUCACAACGCGGACGUCCAGUCCAAGAUGAUGGUGAAUAGGACUACGGAGAGUGGUUUUACCCCUUUGCACAUAGCUGCACACUACGGAAACGUCAAUGUGGCAACUCUUCUUCUGAACCGGGGUGCUGCCGUAGACUUCACAGCCAGGAAUGGAAUCACUCCUCUGCAUGUGGCUUCCAAAAGGGGAAACACCAACAUGGUGAAGCUCUUACUGGAUCGAGGCGGUCAGAUUGAUGCCAAAACUAGGGAUGGGUUGACACCACUUCAUUGUGCUGCGAGAAGUGGGCAUGACCAAGUGGUGGAACUUCUGUUGGAAAGAGGUGCCCCCUUGCUAGCAAGGACCAAGAAUGGGCUGUCUCCACUACACAUGGCUGCCCAGGGGGACCACGUGGAAUGUGUGAAGCACCUGCUACAGCACAAGGCCCCCGUGGACGAUGUCACCCUGGACUAUCUGACAGCCCUCCACGUUGCUGCACACUGUGGCCACUACCGCGUAACCAAACUCCUUUUGGACAAGAGAGCCAAUCCGAACGCCAGAGCCCUGAACGGUUUUACUCCCCUGCACAUUGCCUGCAAGAAAAACCGCAUCAAAGUCAUGGAACUGCUGGUGAAAUAUGGGGCUUCGAUCCAAGCUAUAACAGAGUCUGGCCUCACACCGAUACAUGUGGCCGCCUUCAUGGGCCACUUGAACAUUGUCCUCCUUCUGCUGCAGAACGGAGCCUCUCCAGAUGUCACUAACAUUCGUGGAGAGACGGCCCUGCACAUGGCAGCCCGGGCCGGGCAGGUAGAAGUGGUCCGAUGCCUCCUGAGAAAUGGUGCCCUUGUGGAUGCCAGAGCCAGGGAAGAACAGACACCUUUGCACAUUGCCUCCCGCCUGGGUAAGACGGAAAUUGUCCAGCUGCUUCUACAACACAUGGCUCACCCAGACGCAGCCACGACCAAUGGGUACACACCACUGCACAUCUCUGCCCGGGAAGGCCAGGUGGACGUGGCGUCAGUCCUCUUGGAAGCAGGAGCUGCCCACUCCUUAGCUACCAAGAAGGGUUUCACUCCCCUGCACGUGGCGGCCAAGUAUGGAAGCCUGGACGUGGCAAAACUCCUCUUGCAACGCCGCGCUGCUGCGGAUUCUGCAGGGAAGAAUGGCCUGACACCGCUCCACGUGGCCGCGCACUAUGACAACCAGAAGGUGGCGCUGCUGUUGCUGGAGAAGGGUGUGUCCCCUCAUGCCACUGCCAAGAAUGGCUAUACUCCUUUACAUAUUGCUGCCAAGAAGAAUCAAAUGCAGAUAGCUUCCACGCUCCUAAACUACGGAGCAGAGACUAACAUCGUGACAAAGCAAGGCGUGACUCCACUCCAUCUGGCCUCGCAGGAGGGGCACACGGAUAUGGUCACCUUGCUUCUGGAGAAGGGAGCCAACAUCCAUAUGUCAACCAAGAGUGGACUCACGUCCUUGCACCUAGCAGCCCAGGAAGACAAGGUGAACGUUGCAGAGAUUCUCACCAAGCACGGCGCUGACAAAGAUGCUCACACCAAGCUUGGUUACACUCCUUUAAUUGUGGCUUGUCACUAUGGAAACGUGAAAAUGGUCAACUUUCUUCUGAAGCAGGGAGCAAACGUGAACGCAAAAACCAAGAACGGCUACACAGCCCUGCACCAGGCCGCGCAGCAGGGCCACACGCACAUCAUCAACGUCCUGCUGCAGCACGGGGCCAAGCCCAACGCCACCACCGCGAAUGGCAACACCGCCCUGGCCAUCGCCAAGCGUCUGGGCUACAUCUCCGUGGUGGAUACUCUGAAGGUUGUGACCGAGGAAGUCACCACCACUACCACGACUAUCACAGAGAAGCACAAGCUAAAUGUUCCUGAGACGAUGACUGAGGUUCUCGAUGUUUCCGAUGAAGAGGCUUUUAAACAGUCUGGUGACCACUUUAUUGAUGGGGAAGCGCUUAGUGACUCAGGUGAUGACACCAUGACAGGCGAUGCGGGUGAAUACCUUAGGCCUGAGGACCUAAAAGAACUGGGCGACGACUCGCUGCCCAGCAGCCAGUUCCUGGACGGUAUGAAUUACCUGCGAUACAGCUUGGAGGGAGGCCGAUCCGACAGCCUUCGAUCCUUCAGUUCCGACAGGUCCCACACCCUGAGCCAUGCCUCCUACCUGCGGGACAGUGCCAUGAUUGACGACUCGGUUGUCAUCCCCAGUCACCAGGUGUCAACUCUAGCCAAGGAAGCAGAAAGGAAUUCUUAUCGUCUAAGCUGGGGCACUGAGAACUUAGACAACGUGGCUCUUUCUUCCAGCCCUAUUCAUUCAGGCCACGCCUCUCCAUGUCUUGAUCGUGACAACAGCAGUUUUCUGGUUAGUUUCAUGGUGGACGCCCGCGGUGGGGCCAUGCGGGGAUGCAGACACAACGGGCUCCGCAUCAUCAUUCCGCCUCGGAAAUGUACAGCCCCGACGCGAGUCACCUGCCGCCUGGUCAAGCGCCACAGGCUGGCCACGAUGCCGCCCAUGGUGGAAGGAGAAGGGCUGGCCAGUCGCCUGAUUGAAGUUGGACCGUCUGGUGCUCAGUUCCUUGGUAAACUUCACCUGCCAACGGCUCCUCCCCCACUUAAUGAGGGAGAAAGCUUGGUCAGCCGCAUCCUUCAGCUGGGGCCUCCUGGAACCAAAUUCCUUGGGCCUGUCAUCGUGGAGAUCCCCCACUUCGCAGCCCUCCGAGGAAAGGAGAGGGAACUCGUGGUCCUGCGGAGUGAGAACGGGGACAGCUGGAAAGAGCAUUUCUGUGAAUACACGGAGGACGAACUGAACGAAAUUCUGAACGGCAUGGAUGAAGUGCUGGACAGCCGGGAGGACCUGGAGAGGAAGCGGAUCUGCCGGAUCAUCACCCGAGACUUCCCGCAGUACUUCGCAGUGGUGUCGCGCAUCAAACAGGACAGCAACCUGAUCGGCCCCGAGGGGGGCGUGCUGAGCAGCACGGUGGUGCCCCAGGUGCAGGCCGUCUUCCCGGAGGGGGCUCUGACCAAGCGGAUCCGCGUGGGCCUGCAGGCUCAACCUAUGCACAGUGAGCUGGUGAAGAAGAUCUUAGGCAACAAAGCCACCUUCAGCCCCAUCGUCACUUUGGAACCCAGAAGAAGGAAAUUCCACAAGCCAAUCACCAUGACCAUUCCUGUCCCCAAAGCUUCCAGCGAUGUCAUGUUGAACGGUUUUGGGGGAGAUGCACCAACCUUGAGGUUACUAUGCAGCAUAACAGGUGGAACCACCCCUGCUCAGUGGGAGGAUAUCACAGGAACUACGCCAUUGACAUUUGUCAAUGAAUGUGUUUCCUUUACCACCAACGUGUCAGCCAGGUUCUGGCUGAUAGAUUGUCGACAGAUCCAAGAAUCCGUUACCUUUGCCUCGCAAGUGUACAGAGAAAUUAUCUGUGUCCCUUAUAUGGCCAAAUUUGUAGUGUUUGCCAAAUCGCACGACCCCAUCGAAGCCAGGUUGAGAUGUUUCUGUAUGACUGACGACAAAGUGGACAAGACCCUUGAACAGCAAGAAAACUUCGCCGAGGUGGCCAGAAGCAGGGAUGUGGAGGUCUUAGAAGGAAAACCCAUCUAUGUUGAUUGUUUUGGCAACCUGGUGCCGUUGACCAAGAGUGGCCAACAUCAUAUAUUCAGUUUUUUUGCCUUCAAAGAAAACAGGCUUCCUCUCUUUGUCAAGGUACGUGAUACAACUCAGGAACCAUGCGGACGACUAUCAUUUAUGAAGGAGCCAAAAUCCACAAGAGGCCUAGUGCAUCAAGCUAUUUGCAACUUAAACAUCACCCUGCCGAUUUAUACAAAGGAAUCAGAGUCAGAUCAAGAACAGGAGGAAGAGAUCGAUAUGACAUCAGAAAAAAAUGAUGAGACAGAAUCUACAGAAACAUCUGUCCUGAAAAGUCACCUGGUUAAUGAAGUUCCUGUCCUAGCAAGUCCGGACUUGCUCUCUGAAGUUUCUGAGAUGAAACAAGAUUUGAUCAAAAUGACCGCCAUCUUGACCACAGAUAAGGCAGGUUCCAUUAAGGUCAAGGAGCUGGUGAAGGCCGCUGAGGAAGAGCCAGGAGAGCCUUUUGAAAUCGUUGAAAGAGUUAAAGAGGACUUAGAGAAGGUGAAUGAAAUCCUGAGGAGUGGAACGUGCACAAGGGAUGAGGGCAGGCUGCCACCCUCACGGUCUGAGAGGGAAUUAGUGGACGAGGAAUGGGUUAUUGUCAGUGAUGAGGAAAUAGCAGAGGCUAAGCAGAAAGCACCUUUAGAAAUCACCGAAUACCCAUGCACAGAAGUUAGGGUAGAUAAAGAGACCAAAGUAACAGCAGAGAAAGACUCCACGGGGCUAGUGAACUACCUUGCUGACGAUCUCAAUUCCUACGUGCCUCCCGAUGAAGAGCAGGCACGGAUGGUUCGAGACACAGCCGGGGGGAAGCAGGAGGCUCUGGCCGUUGGCAAGAGCUCUGCAAAUAAAGAGAAAGAUCGACCCCCAAAGGACACACCGAGUACACAGAAACAGGUCAAACCAAGCUUGGGCAUAAAGAAGCCGGUGAGAAGGAAAUUAAAAGAAAAGCAGAAACAAAAAGAGGAAAGUGUACAAGCUAAUGCAGAGAAAACGGAACUUAAAAAAUGCAGUUCAGAGGAGUCGUUAGAGGAAGACGCGGGUUUAGCCCCCGAACCUCUUCCCACCGUAAAAGCCACGUCCCCUUUGAUAGAAGAAACCCCCAUUGGCUCCAUAAAGGACAAAGUCAAGGCCCUUCAGAAGAGAGUGGAAGAUGAACAGAAAGGACGAAGCAAGUUGCCCGUCAGAGUCAAAGGCAAGGAGGAUGUCCCCAAAAAGGCCACCCCCAGGACACAUCCACCUGCAUCGCCGUCCCUGAAGUCAGAGAGGCACGGGCCGGCGUCUGCCUCCUCUAAAGCAGAAAGACACACUUCUCUUUCCUCCUCUGCAAAAACUGAAAGGCACGGCCCGGUGUCACCAUCAAGUAAAACUGAGAAACACUCACCUGUGUCACCUUCUCCCAAGGCUGAGAGACAUUCACCUGUGUCAUCGGCCAGUAAAACCGAGAAACACUCCCCGGUAUCACCCUCGACAAAAACCGAAAGACACUCCCCUGUGUCAUCUGCAAAAACAGAAAGACAUCCACCUGUUUCCCCCUCAGGCAAAACGGACAAACGCCCACCUGUGUCGCCCGCUGGGCGAACGGAGAAACAUCCCCCAGUGUCACCCGGGAGGACAGAGAAACGCUUGCCCGUUUCACCUUCUGGAAGAACAGAAAAACACCCACCUGUAUCCACCGCUGGGAAAACCGAGAAGCACCUGCCGGUGUCACCGUCUGGGAAAACCGAGAAGCACCCACCUGUGUCCCCCACGUCAAAAACAGAAAGAAUCGAGGAAACCAUGUCUGUUCGGGAGCUGAUGAGAGCCUUCCAGUCAGGACAGGACCCAUCCAAACACAAAACUGGACUGUUCGAGCACAAAUCGGCCAAGCCAAAGCAGCCCCAAGAAAAAGGGAAAGUUAGGGCAGAAAAAGAAAAGGGACAGGUGUCGACCCCCAAGGAAACACAGAAAACAGACAAUCAGACCAUCAAACGAGGUCAGAGGUUCGUGGUAACGGGACUUCCAGAAUCCAAAAGAGGAAUCCGUGCUCCUCCCAUCGGGUUCAAGAAAGAAGAGGCAGUUGGGGAGAAGGAGAAGAUUCUCAGCCGCAAAACACCUGACCCUGUGCAGUCAGCACCUGAGGACAAAACCCACAGAGAGAGCGAGAUCUCCAAAGAGAAGAUGGCGGACGAGCAGGGAGACAUGGAUCUGCAGAUCAGCCCGGACAGGAAGACCUCCACCGACUUCUCUGAUGUCAUCAAGCAAGAGCUGGAAGACAAUGACAAGUACCAACAAUUCCGCCUGAGCGAGGAGACCGAAAAGGCACAGCUUCACUUAGACCAGGUUCUCACUAGUCCCUUCAACACCACUUUUCCUCUAGAUUACAUGAAGGAUGAAUUCCUUCCCGCUCUGUCCUUGCAGGGUGGCACAUUGGACGGCAGUUCGGAAAGUCUAAAGCAGGAAGGGAUGGCGGGCUCUCCCUGCGGCAGCCUGAUGGAGGGGACCCCUCAGAUUAGUUCAGAAGAAAGCUAUAAGCACGAGGGCCUGGCGGAGACCCCCGAGACAAGCCCAGAAAGCCUUUCCUUCUCCCCCAAGAAAAGUGAGGAGCAAAUUGGGGAACCAGAGGAAACCACCAAGGUGGAAGCACCAACAGAAAUUCAUUCAGAAAAAGAACCUCCCACGACCCAAGACGUUACUGAUGGUUCUGGAGAGCGAGGGGCUGCAGUCACUGAGGGCCCAGAGCCCUCCCCCGAGUGUGGGCAGAAAGAGGGCACUCGAGAACCUUCCACGGACACAUGCCCCAAAGCGGAAGGCGAUUGCCCUGGGAGCUCUAGCGUAUCCUCAGCAAAGGAAGAACCCAGGGCGCUGACUGAGGAAGCCACCUGUGACGCAGGUCAGUCUGCCCUUGAUAGUUCAGCCCCCAAGACGCAAACCGUUAGUGCGGCUCAGGACCCCACAACCCCCUCGCAUGAGACAAAGGCCUCUCCACUACCUGAUGCUUCUGUAAAGACAGACGCAGGCACGGAAUCAAAGCCUCAGGGAGCCAUUAGAAGUCCCCAAGGGUUAGAACUUGCACUCCCUAGUCGAGAUAGUGAAGUCCUCAGCCCUGUGGCUGACGAAUCCUUGGCAGUAAGCCACAAAGACUCUCUGGAAGCCAGCCCUGUGCUUGAAGACAACUCUUCGCACAAAACUCCCGAUUCUCUGGAACCAAGUCCUCUGAAAGAAUCCCCCUGUCGUGACUCUCUGGAAAGCAGCCCCGUGGAACCAAAGACGAAGGCUGGAGUUCUGCCAAGUCACUUUCCUCUUCCUGCAGCUGUUGCCAAAACAGAACUUUUUACAGAAGUGGCCUCCAUGAGGUCCCGGCUACUCCGAGACCCUGACGGCAGUGCUGAGGAUGACAGUCUCGAGCAGACGUCACUCAUGGAGAGCUCAGGGAAGAGCCCCCUUUCCCCUGACACCCCCAGCUCUGAAGAAGUUAGCUACGAGGUCACACCCAAAGCCACAGAUGCCAGCACGCCCAAACCAGCUGUGAUUCAUGAGUGUGCAGAGGAGGAUGAUUCAGAAAAUGGGGAGAAAAAGAGGUUCACCCCGGAAGAGGAAAUGUUUAAAAUGGUAACCAAAAUCAAAAUGUUCGAUGAACUUGAACAAGAAGCAAAGCAGAAAAGGGACUACAAAAGAGAACCUAAACAAGAAGAGUCUUCUUCGUCCUCUGAGCCAGAUGCUGACUGUUCAGCAGAUGUGGACGAACCGAAACAUACGGGGAGUGUGGAGGGUGAAAGGGAUGUCCCUGUCUUAGUGACUUCUGAGAGCAGGAAGCCUUCUUCUUCCUCUUCAGAAAGUGAACCUGAAUUGACACAGCUGAAAAAAGGUUCUGACUCGGGCCUUCUGUCGGAACCAGUUAUUCGAGUGCAGCCUCCUUCUCCACUUCCAUCCAGCAUGGACUCCAAUUCUAGUCCAGAAGAAGCACAGUUCCAGCCUAUAGUCUCCAAACAAUAUACUUUCAAGAUGAAUGAAGAUACUGAGGAAGAGACAGGCAAAUCAGAAGAAGAAAAAGAUUGUGAAUCCCAUCCAGCUGAAGACACUCAUACCGCUCUCACUGGGGGCACAGAUAGGACUGACGAUGAUCUAAACAGGGACACUGAUCAGCCAAAAAUUUGUGACGGUCAUGGAUGUGAGGCCAUGAGUCCUACUGGCUCAACCACUCCUGUCUCUUCAGGUCUCCAGAGUUCAGCUGGUGAUGAUGCAGAUGAACAGCUAGUUGCCCAGAAAGAACCACUAGCUCCCCAAGGCACACAGGAAAAAGACGCAGAAGGAGAAGAGCUCGGUGUUUCUAGAGUGGAAUCUCCACAAGUAGAUUGCCCCAGUGAAAGCUCUUCAUCUCUGUCCCCUUUGCCUCCUUGUCCAGUAUCUGAAGGAAAAGAAUUAGAUGAAGGCAUAGCUUCCCCAUCUUGUAUGACAACAAUGGAGGUCACAAAAACUGACGAAACACUCGAGAGCUUGCCGAAGGACUGCUCCUCGCAGGAUUCAUCUGUUACUGCUCAAACAGAUAGGUUUUCCAUGGAUGUUCCUGUGUCUGACCUAGCUGAGACUGAUGAAAUCUAUGGUCCUCAAAUCACAAGCCCUUAUGAAAAUGUUCCUUCCCAAUCUUUUUUCUCUAGUGAAGAAAGCAAAACUCAGACAGAUGCAAAUCACACCACAGGUUUUGACUCUUCUGAAGUGUGUUGCGUCACCAGCCCAUCCUCUGUUGAAGACGUAGUAAUGGCAACCUCAUCUAGUGGAACUGUUUCAGGCAAAGAAUCUAAUUGUGAGGGCCAGAACACAAAAAUAGAAUCCAAACAAGAAAGUACCACAUGGGAAGUGCAAUCAGAUAGAGCCCCUUCCUCUUUAGAACCUGCAAUGCCAAGUACACCAGCAGUUGUUGGUGAACAAAUAAGCAAAGUCAUCAUCACAAAAACUGAUGUGGAUUCUGAUUCCUGGAGUGAAAUUCGUGAAGACGAUGAAGCUUUUGAGGCUCGAGUGAAAGAGGAAGAACAAAAGAUAUUUGGGUUGAUGGUAGAUAGACAAUCACAGGGUACCACCCCUGACACCACACCUGCUAGAACCCCAACUGAAGAGGGGACCCCGACAAGUGAGCAAAAUCCAUUUCUCUUUCAGGAAGGAAAAUUAUUCGAGAUGACCCGAAGUGGUGCCAUUGAUAUGACCAAAAGAUCUUACGCAGAUGAAAGUUUUCACUUUUUCCAAAUUGGUCAAGAAUCCGGGGAAGAGACUGCCUCUGAAAACAUGAAAGACGGGACCAGUGGGGCAGAGCCCCCACAGCUGGAGACAUCAGCUGAGUCACCAGCUCUUUCAGAAUCAAAAGAAACGGUGGAUGAUGAAGCAGACUUACUUCCAGAUGACCUGAGUGAGGAAGUAGAGGAAAUAUCUGCUUCAGACGCUCAACUUCCCUCCCAGAUGGAGAUUACAGCCUCCACGGAAACAUCAACAGAAGAGGCUGUUUCUGUAGGGGCUGAGGACCUCCCCACCAUGCAAGCGGGUGAUGCACCUCCUCUGUCUGGUGUGAAGCAGACAUCUUGCCCCGAUUCCCCUGAACCGGUUGUCAAAGUCCAGUUAGAUUUUUCCACCGUCACCAGGUCUGUGUAUUCAGAUAGGGAUGAGGAUUCUCCCGAUUCUUCCCCAGAGGAACAGAAAUCAGUGAUUGAAAUCCCUACCGCACCCAUGGAGAACGUGCCUUCUACUGAAAGCAAAUCCAAAAUUCCCGUAAGGACUAUACCCACUUCAACCGCAGCACCUCCAUCUGCAGACUUUGAGAGUUCACUUUCUGAAGAUCUGUCCAGUCUGGAUGAGGAAAGUAAGGAGGAUGAAGCAAAACCAAAGUCCAAAAUCCCUGUCAAAGCACCCUUCCAAAGAGUCGAGCAGCAGCUCUCACAUCUAGACUCGUCUCUCCAGGAGACAGUGGCUCCUCAGGGACAGGACAUGACAAGUAGAGCACCAGAUAAUAGAAGCAAAUCUGAAUCUGAUGCUAGUUCUUUGGACUCAAAACCCAAAUUCCCAGUAAAAACCAGAAGUUACACUGACACAGAGACAGAGAGUGGACUGGGGGAAGAGGAGUCUGAGUUAGAAUCCGAAGAAGGGGCCAUGAGACCAAAGAUAUUUGCAUCCCGAUUGCCAGUUAAGAGCAGAAGCACGGCAUCUUCCUGCAGGGGGGGCAUGAGUCCUACAAAAGAAAGUAAGGAACAUUUCUUUGACCUUUACAGAAACUCCAUAGAAUUCUUUGAGGAGAUUAGUGAUGAGGCUUCCAAGUUAGUGGAUAGACUUACACAAUCAGAAAGGGAACAGGAGUUAGUUUCGGAUGAUGAAAGUAGUAGUGCCCUGGAAGUUUCAGUAAUUGAAAAUCUGCCACCUGUUGAGACCGAGCACUCAGUUCCUGAGGACAUCUUUGACACACGGCCCAUUUGGGAUGAGUCCAUUGAGACUCUGAUUGAACGCAUCCCUGAUGACAAUGGCCAUGACCAUGCUGAAGAUGCACAGGAUGAGCAGGAACGGAUCGAGGAGAGGCUGGCUUAUAUCGCCGAUCACCUUGGCUUCAGCUGGACAGAAUUAGCAAGAGAACUGGAUUUCACUGAGGAACAAAUCCACCAAAUUCGAAUUGAGAAUCCCAACUCCCUUCAGGACCAGAGUCAUGCCCUUUUGAAGUACUGGCUGGAAAGGGAUGGGAAACACGCCACAGAUACCAGCCUCAUUGAAUGUCUCACCAAGAUCAACCGGAUGGACAUCGUUCAUCUCAUGGAGACCAGCAUGGAACCUCUCCAGGAGCGCAUCAGUCAUAGCUAUGCAGAAAUGGAACAGACCAUUACACUGGAUCAUAGUGAAGGGUUCUCAGUGCUUCAAGAGGAGCUAUGCGCCGCCCAGCACAAGCCGAAAGAGCAGCAAGCUGUUUCCAAAGGAAGCGAGCCUUGUGAUCACCCUCCCAUUGUCUCCGAGGAAGAUAUUUCUGUCGGUUAUUCCACUUUUCAGGAUUCCAUCCCCAAAACUGAUGGGGACGGCCCAGCAACAGGACUCGUUCCCCAAACUGAGAAGGAGCAAGUGCAACAGGAUUUCUCAGGGAAAAUGCAAGACCUGCCCGAAGAGUUAUCUCUUGAGCAUCAGCAGGAAUACUUCGUGACAUCCCCAGGAACAGAAGUGUCAGAGACUCAAAAGUCCAUGGCAAUACCUGGCUCUCCCAGCAAGACACCUGAGGAAAUUGGUAGCCCCGCUGAGGGGGAGAGGCUGUACCCCCAGACACCAGCACCCAGCGAUCAGGGUGGCUCUCCCAUAGUACAGGAGCCCGAAGAGCACCCAACACGCGGGGAGGAGAGUUCUCUGCAGCAGACGAGCCUUGUGAUAGUGGAAUCUGCUGGUGACCAGCCGCAGGCCUUGGAAAGACUCCAGGAAAAUACAGCUUUUGAAAAGGAGCUAACAGAGGAAUUAGGGGAGCUGGAGGGCAGCUCAGAUGAGGAGGCUAUGGUAACUACCAGGGUCGUCCGCCGGCGAGUGAUUAUUCAGGGAGACGACAUGCCCGACAUACCCCCGGAGACGGUCACCGAGGAAGAAUACACGGACGAGCAGGGACACACCGUGGUAAAGAAGAUUACCAGGAAAAUCAUUCGGCGGUAUGUGUCCUCAGAGGGCACAGAGAAAGAAGAGAUUAUCAUGCAGGGCCUGCCCCAGGAGCCCGUGAGCAUCGAGGAAGGGGACAGCUACUCCAAAGUCAUAAAGCGCGUAGUAUUGAAGAGUGACAUUGAACAGUCAGAGGUGACUGUGUCUGAGCCCAGCGUCCUGUCCAGUCUGUCACAGUUUGAGGCUGAACCAGUGGAAGGCCGUAGAGUCAGCAAAGUUGUUAAAACAACUGUGGUCCAAGGAGAGAGGAUGGAGAAGCAUCUGGGAGAUUCUAGUUUAGCUACUGAUCUGCCUUCAGCCAAAGAUGACUUUGAAGAGGCUUUGAGUUUCACAGGUAGCCACGUGAAAGUCCACUUCCCCAGUUUAGUAGAGAAGGAAAUCCUGAAAGAGGAUGGAUCAAUAAUUAAAAGGACAACCAUGAGUAAAGCCAGCACACAGAAGAGGGCUGUCGUGGAGGACCAGCACGGCAAACGCAUUGACCUGGAGCAUUUGGAGGAUGUCCCAGAAGCGCUAGACCGGGACGCCCUCCGGCACGAUCUCCAGCAGCUCCUGCGACAUUUCUGCCAGGAGGACUUGAAGCAAGAGGCCACAUGAGGGGCUGCCCGAUCCCCCCACCGGAAACCACACAUUCACUCAACACGCAGCUUCCUCUUUCAUUAGAGGCGUGACCUAACUCGCCGAAUCCGUGGGGUACCCCAACGCUGUCCACCUGUUAGCAAAUACACUGCAUUUUGUUUUCAUUUUCUUCCCCCCCCCCCCAGCCUCUUUCACUCGAAGCUGAUUUGUGACCAAAGAUGGCAUCCUUCACUCCGGAUGCUGUGUCCAUGCUGCGCAGGGGACUGGCCACUCCAGGGUUCUUUGCUUCUGCCCAAGCUCCAGGAACAUCCGUUGCUCACCUGCAGACCUCUUCGCGUGACGACGUGUAGGGACCCCUCGAAGGGAUGUCCGUGCACCGUGUAUAUAUAUAGCUAAAAUGCUCAGAUGGACACCAGAUUCCAAUGGAAACCACUGCCUACCCUAACGCCACCGGGCAUCGUGGAAUAAGAAGGCCUCUAGAAAUUGCCGAACGAUGGUUCAUGACGAUAUUGCUAACACAAUCGAAUGCUAACACAGUUUUCCUGCAAAAAAAAAAAGCACUUCAGACCUAUCACGUCCUUAGAUCUUCCAGAGUAGCCAUUGCUCCUAGGGAAAGAUGGAUUCAUAACCUCAAAGAACGGUCCUAACUAAGAAGCUACUGCUGGUGCUGGCCAGCCAUGCGAAUGACUCUUUCCAGCAGCCACUCCAAGGGAGGGGACAGAAGGAAGAGGAGGAGAGAGAAGGAAUGGAUGAGGUAUCCAGGUGCUAGCAGCUGUGUCAGGUGGCUUGCUAGCAUCUUCAGGUGUUUUAGAUUUUGGGCACGCUGGCAGGGUAUUUGAAAAGCUAUAACUACUGUAGUUUUCCAGUUCUCAUUGCUGCUUUAGCAAACCACACUGUCUUACUGGUGGUACUUUCUCCUGGCCACUGCACUGUAGAUAAUUCAUUGGAAACAAGAUUUACCCACGACAUAAAAGGUUAAAACUCCUUCGCUAUGUUGGAGUGGUUUCUUUUCUUUUCUUUUUUUUUUUUUUUCCAGGUUUUUAUCUUCUCUAAUACCUGCAUGUGGCAUUUUAAAAAAAAAAAUCAAAAUCACAGUCAAAACCCCUCUUCUAAUCCCACUGAUGGUUUUCAUUCUUUCCCUCACCUCGAGUGAACACUUUCCACGCUCCAGCCGGGUCUGGUUUUCAGCUUGCAGACGAGAUUGAGAAAUCUUCGCAAAUUUGGUUUGGGUUUAAAAUUUUUGGUUUAUUUAUUUGAAAUCCACACUCCCUUGGAAACGCUUCAGUGCAUUCGUGCACUUUUCUGUUUGUUUCAGAGAAGGGACUGUAACAAUCUGAGGGAUUUCCACGUCCUAGUCCUUAUUCCUCUACUGGUUGAAGCUGUGUAGCAUUUUAACAUAUAUAUAUAUUCACAAAUAUAUUCAUAUAAACAGUAUACAUUUUGAAUCAGUUAUUUGUUAAAGAAAGUAUAUUCAAUGAAGAUGAAACUAAAAAGAUAAAAAAAAAAAAAAAAAAAAAGAGUCUAUCCUCCAGGGAUUGAACAUUUUCCAAUUAUCUGGUCUUUUCCUGUUGUGCAAAAAUGACUCAUUGCUCCGACUGUCGAAAACAAAUGUGACAAACAAUGGCACGUCAUCAUUUAAAGUAAUGUUGCCAAGAGAAAACAAAUUUCCUGGGGAGGUUUCCCACAAGCCAAAUCUCCUAAGCCUCCGAUGCUAGCACUUUUUGGCAGUUGGGUAGGAAAUAAAACAUUCUUUGGCAGCCAAAACGAGAGAGGCCCAUAGUGGAACUUUUUAAGACACCCUAUGGUCUUGUCAAAACCUUCACUGGAGCUCAAGACAAGCAUUUCUGUUGUGUUCUUUGCAGUGCAGAUGAUGUCUGUGUAACAACAUAAUGGUUUUUCACCUUUUUUUUUUUUUUGAUUUUGAUUUUUUUGCUGUGUUAUCAGAAAACUUGAAUACUGUGAGAAGAAGUGAAUUUUCAGUUGAUGAAUCAGCAUCUUGUUCCCAUGGUGAUAACACUAAUUGAAUAUAUCUAUGAGGGCAUGUAUUAGUUAAUGGAAAAAAAAGUACAACACUAACAAUACAUAGCUGCAAUGUGUACAAUGGCCGAUUUAAUUAAAUAAAAUGUACAAGUGUUAAAUGUG